GCGUAGACGAUUUCCUAAUUCGGACUGGGGUGGAUGGGCCUCAUGGAGUUCAUGUUCAAAAACAUGCGGUGCAGAAGGUACAAUGCAGAGAUUUCGCGACAAAAAUGUUUCUCCUAGAAUAUGUGAUCGAGAUGUGGAAACAGUCGGAUGUAAUCGUUUUUGCAACCAUGGCGGGACGAUAAUCGAUAAUGAGUGUUACUGCCCCGGACUGUAUGGUUCGAAUUGCUGUAAUACAGUCUGUCCAGCUAUCGACAACUGUGAAGACGUUCAGUGCACGACAACCCAAAACCAGUACUGCUUGAAAUGUGAAUAUGAUCGUGGCAAGGGAAGGAGAGCCUACGAACCAGUGGAGGUUAAUGGAAUCAUGAACAGGAUUUGUGAAAGUAAGGGACAUUUAAACACUUCUCGUGAUAUAUGUAACGGUGUUCAUGGCGACCAGACAGUAAAUUCUGUUACCCUGGAAAUUGUACGGGAAAUCCAUCAACGACGUGUGAGUGUGCUAAUGGUUUUACUGGAGAUAACUGUCAAGAAAACAGAGAAAGAAAUAUCAAUAUCCGCCUCUAGUGGGCAAAAGAUAACGGUCUGGAUGAAAGCUUAUGACGUAAUGGGGAAUGAACAAGAGGAUAAAGCUUACAUAUAUGUGGACGAAACUCCCCCAGACGCAGAAUUCAAAAUGAUUGACAGCAACGGCAAUGAUAUGUCAAUGGAUGGUACCACCAUGGACUUUGACAAUAACCAAAUCAUGAUGCAGGUCAGUGACGAGGAAAGUGGUAUUUACAAAAUUACGUGGGAAUUACGUGAUGCAGAAACCGGGACUAUUAUUUAUGCUGAAGGAGAGAUCACUGAGAACAAACCUUCGGACGGAAAUUGUCCUACCUCUGAAUGCGAGUGUUUGGACAUAGCUGAUAUAUGUUACUAUAGUGCUUACGUCAUCAAUACGGAGAGUGCUACCAUGAUUGAAAUGCCUGACGGUGACGUUGAAUGUGUGAUGAAAAUAAUUGUAUACAAUAAUGCCAUGAUUGAAACACCAAUGGAAAUGACGUUAAUGGCUCGCGCUCCAAGCGCACGUGUCGGUGGCAGUGGAGGCGGGAGUGCUGGUGCCAUCGCUGGGGGCGUUAUUGUCGUUAUUAUUAUCAUACUUAUCAUUGUUGCUGUUAUAAUUCUGUGGCGAAAAAACAUGCUACCUAAGUUUUUCAAUAGAGGUCCACCUGUUACUAGAGCAUCAGAUUGGGCCAAGCCGAGCAUCAUCAUGGAAUUCGCACAAUAUGACAACUUGUCACAAGUUUUACGCCGUAGCCGCCAAUCGAAUCCUGACCGUCCGGACGACGUAUACGGUAACCUGUUUGAGGGCAGUGACACCUUGACGUCACAGAAACUGCUGCUAUUCUCCGAACAAGUAGCCAGCGGCAUGGAGCAUGUCAGUAGCUUAGGCAUCAUUCACCGUAAACUUGGCGCAAGAAACGUAUUUGUUGGUAAUAAUGAAAUCUGCAAAAUUGGUUCGUUCUCUAAAGCUAUUCAAACUGACAAACUGGAAGUGAAAGACAAGCAAGAGACCCGUCUGCCGAUCCGUUGGAUGGCUCCAGAGUCUCUUAGCAACCACAUUUUCUCGUUCAAGACAGAUGUCUGGUCCUUCGGGAUUUUGUUAUGGGAGAUUGUAACCUUAGGUGCUUUACCUUACCCCGGAAUGAAGAACAAAGAAAUCACCGAACAAGUUGCUAAAGGCUACCGUAUGGAAAAACCACCUCAUUGUACCCAGGAACUGUUCACUGUGAUGCUUCGUUCUUGGAACAAGAACAUAGAACGUCGUCCUGGAUUUGGCGAACUGGUUCAAGAAAUCAGAUACAUUAAUAGACAGGAAGAG